AUGGCAGUUACCAUUUGGAGUGAUAAAGUAUUACGUGGACCUACUGUGGGCAAGGCUAUGAUUGACAAUGUGAUCGAAGAAGAGGUAGAAGCUGAUGAAACCCAUCCAGUAGAGUCUAAGAAGCUAGAUAGUAAUGUGAGUACAUCUAACCAUCAACAUGUUGAUGAGUUAGAGGAAGAAAAAAAGAAGAAGGAGGAAGUGGUUACUACUCUUCCAAAACCACCGUCGCCCUUUCCUCAUAGAUUGAAGAAAAAAGCCGAUGAUACAAGAUUUAUACAAUUCAUGGCGAUGUUGAAGCAGCUAAUGGUAAAUAUGCCUUUAGUUGAGGCAUUAGAGAAGAUGCCUGGGUAUGCUAAGUUUAUAAAAGACCUGGUAACGAAGAAGAGAAUAGUGAGCUACGAACUGGUGGAUAAUCUUUACCAUUGUGGUGCUAUUUUAACAAGGUCUAUGGUGCAAAAGAAAGUAGACCCAGGAGCAUUUACUAUUCCUUUCACUAUCGCGUCUCUUGAUUUUGUUAAAGCUUUAUGUGAAGUGGGAGAAAGUAUUAAUCUGGUGCUACUUGCUGUUAAUAAGAAGUUGGGGUUGGGGGAUCCUACACCCACAAACAUGCGACUAGUGAUGGCGGACAUGUCGGUAAAGCGGCCAGUGGUAUUAUAUGAUGUGCUAGUGAAGGUUGCCAGCUUUAUAUUCCCUGUGGAUUUUUUUAUUGUGGAUUUUGAGGUGCCCAUAAUCUUGGGUCGACCUUUUCUUGCAACUGGAAGCAUACUUAUUGAUUUGUGA